AUGGCUUUUGGAAACGAGCUUUGGCGGUUUGGACCUUGGUCAUCGUCGUCUCUGAUGGGUAACGCAUCCUCGAAAGCUGCACGAAAGUUGCCUACGCGUCCUUCGCCAACAUGGGCUGGCGCCAGGACACCUGUACACGAACCUCCGCCUCCCUCAGCGCAAGCCAACCGCGCUAGCGAACUCCGUACGCCUGAUAUCGAACAGGACGCCAGAGAUCCCGAUUUUCUGGCCAACUUGCACAAGCUGGGUCCGGUGAAGGUCGACCAUGGACCUGGAAGUCAAAUUAGCAAACAGACAAUGGACCCUCAAGCAUCCCACAUAAACCGUCUGUUCCAAUCUCGACUGGCUUCAGAGGAAGAAGCAUCGUCCCUCAAACCCUCCAAAAACCGUCUCUUCGCAUCGUCCCUCCAUGACCUCCUCAACGAACGCAAAGCUGCACAGACACGACAGGAUUUGGACAAACUCGCGAGAAAGUAUGAUGUGGAUGUGGAUAAGAUGGAGAGGUUGGCUAGGUUCUUGUCGACGCCGAGUGUGGAUCAGGCGUUGUCUGUGAAGAAUGUGGACAAGAAUGGGGAGGAGACUUUGACGUUCCCGGCUCUUUGGGUCAACCCCAAGAUACGAUGA